AUGGAACUCCUCGGAUUACCCUUUGAAUUGAUCCUGGAGAUUUGGGACUCCCUGGAGACACUGUCCGAGAAAGAUGUCUUUACUCGAACUUGCAGACACUUUUAUGAUAACUUCAACCACCGCCUAUAUCGCCAGGCCGUGACACAAGGACGUCGCGAGGGCGUCAAUCGGGCCGUACGCCUGUGCGGAGGAUCCACCUUGAAGAAGAUGCUAGAUGCUGGCCUUGACCCGAACGAUCCGUUCUGGAGUGAAGAGACCCUAUUAGGAAGAGCAGUCGAAGCGGGCCUCACGGAAAACGCAAGAGUCCUUAUCGAUGCUGGAGCGAAUGUCAACGCCACAGAACGAUUCGGCAACUCAGUCGCAUCUUCGGCAGUUUUCAAUGGACAUGCAGAAACUCUUAGUCUAUUAUUUGAAAAGGGGUUAUCGAUAGACUUUCGAGUUUAUGAAGAGCCACCGCUCUUGGCUGCCGUUCAGUACAGUUAUGAGAAUAUCGUCGAAAUUCUACUGGCAAACAACGCCGACGUUGAUGAGCCCGGGACUGAGGAUGCAGUGGAUGGAACUCCCUUGGCAUGGGCUGCACGGCUUUCUAAAGCAGCGAUCUUUCAUCGGCUCUUACGAGCCGGGGCCAAAACGAAUUUCACUACUCCGGGAAAUGAGACUCUCUUACAUUGGGCGGUUCAGGGUGGAAAUGAGCGCAUCGUGUCGACACUGCUGGAGGAGGGUGCCGACCCUCACGUAGUAGAUAACGCCGGACAUUCACCACUGGCCUGGGCAUGUCGGGCCCGCAGAUUGUCUCGGAAUCCAGAAGUCGUCAAACUUCUAUUACAGCAGAAUGUUAACACAGAGAAUAAAAGCAACACACUUGCCGACACCCCGCUGUCGCUUGCUGCACGAAUUGGCUUUACCGAGGCGGUUCGCCUCCUGCUGGGCAGGAAUGCGAACCGAUCAGUAAAGAACGCGUGGGGCCAGACACCUCUUCUCCAUGCUGUCACAAAGGGAUAUGCGGAAACUGUUCUUGCUUUACUGGAGCAUGCGCAUCAAGAUGAAGUCGGCCCGAGCUGCAAGCAAUUCAUCGAUGAGCCCGACAUAAAAGGCCGAACCCCCCUGUUUCUUGCGACUAAUUACGGCCUGGAGGAGAUUGUUAAAUUAAUACUGCACUAUGGGAGCUCUGCGAAAGAAAGCCCAACCUGUGCAGGCCGCACCCCAUUGUCAAUUGUCGAAAUGCACAUGAAAUCAGACCACGGAGUGAAAUGCGAGAGUCUGCAGAAUAUCUGGAAUCUAUUGCAGCAAGAAUCGGUUGGACCAAUCGACCGUGAAAAAAUUACCUCAGUGGGGGAGGAAUGGGAAGAAUUUGAGGCAACAUGCGAUACGUGCGAUGAGCCUAUCUCUCCAUAUGAUAUGCACUACCAUUGCAGUAUCUGCGACGGAAAUAACUUCGAUAUCUGUCAAGAGUGUGUUGCCAGUGGUGGGACCUGUUAUGAUCCAACCCACACCUGGCAGAAAACGAUCAUAGUGGAUGGGAGCUGGAAAGAGAUUUCUGAUUCUCUCAAUCAAGAUUCAAUCGUGGAAGAUCUGGCCAAUCUUCAUGUAUCAUGA